AAAAUCUGAAGAGAAGAGCGUAGCGUUACUACUUGCUACUACCUAAACAAGGAGACCACUGUAACAACCCUGCUCUGUGCUCUACCAUAAUAGUCCACCCAAAAGGGAGGGAAUUUCUCUCUCUUCUUCUCUGUGACUGCCAACUUCCGGAUCGUUUCACUCCCCAAAAGGCCAGAACCCAACCCAGCCAUUGGACCGCCCUUCUCCGGUGACCGGAGACCACCUCAACCGGAUAGAACCCCUUUAACGGCUCAGUAGAAUAAACUGAAGUCAAAAUCUCCAGCAUUUUGUCAAACAGAUGGGGAACUGUUUCGCCAAGCCGAAGAAACUCGCGUCUCCGGUACUGGCGCCGGUUUCGGUCUCGGUUCCGGUGACGAUGGCUAAACCGAAGAAAAAAUCGACGGCGGAGAUCGUCCCCCACGAUCACCACUCGACUGUCCGGCUCUACGGCACCCCCAUCAGCUCCCAUACGGCUUACAUCCGGUUCGCACUACAACACAAGGGCGUCCCGGUCCGGUUCACCCCCUCGAUUUCCGACCCGCCCCUGAUCGAAGUCGGAGCAGAGCGGGUCUCGGGUUCCCGGGAGUCUCUUCUCCAGUACAUUGAGUCCAAGUUCCCGAACCCGCCGCUGGCGGUGAAAAAAUGCAACGGCGAGGAUGCCAAGCCGUGGGUAGUGACGUUGACGGCGUUACAGCACAGGAGCAUGACAUGGCAUGUGGAGAGGCUUUUGAGGUGGUCAGAGGACCUGGGGGCGCGUGGGGGAAAGAAGAGAGGCAGCGGCGGCGGAAUCGACCCGCGCGUGGGGACUCCGAGAAUGGAAGUGAAGAAGUUCAAUAAGAGCUACUCUCAGUUGCUGGAGUUGAUGCUUGAACACGCUCAGAUGGAGGAACGAGUCCUCUUUCCAAUUCUCAACUCCGCCGAUCCAGGAAUAUGUAAAGCUGCAAAUGAGGAACAUGCUAGGCACCUACCUAUAAUGAAUGGCAUCAAAGAAGACAUAAAAUCCAUUGGAGUUUUGGACAAUGGCAGCCCUGCCUAUCUAGAAGCUUUCUCCAACCUUUCUAAACGCCUCAAAACACUGCUGGAACACUGCAAAGAACACUUUGUGGAGGAGGAAAUACAAGUACUUCCCUACAUAGAGGCGACUGAGCUGAGCAAACCGAGGCAGCGGAGAGUGCUAGAGCAGUCGCUGGACGUGAUGCAAGGGACUCACUCGCGAUUGUUCAACUUUUUCCUCGAAGGGCUGCUUCCUCUAGACGCAAUGCAGUACUUGGAUUUGGUUGCCAUGUGCCACGACGAAGAACGAAUGUCCUCCAUGCUUCAGAUGAUCGAGGACAUUAAUAGUCUAUGAUCAAAAUUGCAGAGAUGAGUUGCUGUGUUCUGUUUUUGUUUAUGUUAAUACACAGUGAGUGAGUCUCACCUAAAUCACUGACAUAACAAGAUAUAUUAUGGUUUUUUUUCACUGCUUUCUUAGCCAAUGUGAGCUCCAGUUUCUAGUUUGAGUCUGCAAAUUUGUGGUAAAUGAACAAAUUGGCAGAAGGGUCGAUAAAGAGGAGCAUUUGUGAACUGCAGAGGAGAUGUUGUUUACUUUCUUUCUUUCUUUUUUUUUUCUUAAAACAUUAUUAGUUCAGUGUGCAUUGUAAAUAUAUUAGUACUUGGAUCAACUUGUAACAAAAAUUUGUGUUGUUUUGAUAUUAAGAGAAAUAAGAGUGAAAAAUGAGACUUCUGUGA